AUGGCAAAGCUUUUUACCGGCCACCUAAUUACUUUACUCUUCGGAUGCGAGCCGGGACUAGGUGCGAGCGUCAUGUACAACCUGCUUUACAACCCGCCACAGAAACUGUUGCUGUUAGCUGGUUGCUCAACUGUAUGUACCACUGUUGCUGAAGCCGCCAAGAUGUGGAACCUUAUGGUUCUCUGCUACGGCGCGUCAUCACCGGCGCUGUCAGACCGCGCGCGUUUUCCUACGCUGUUCCGGACCCAUCCAUCAGCAACGGUACACAACCCAACUCGGAUCAAACUCAUGCAGAAAUUCGGAUGGUCACGUAUCGCUAUCUUACAACAGGCAGAGGAAGUCUUUAUUUCUACUGUAGAAGACUUAGAGGCGCAUUGCAAGAAGGCUGGCAUUGAAAUCGUGACCAGGCAGUCGUUUCUAUCAGACCCAGCGGACGCCGUACGAAACCUGAGGCGCCAGGAUGCGCGUGUCAUUGUCGGCUUGUUCUAUGUAGUCGCGGCGCGUCGUGUACUUUGCGAAGUCUAUAAACAUCGCCUCUAUGGAAAGUCUUACGUCUGGUUUUUUAUUGGUUGGUACGAAGACAACUGGUUCGAAACAAACUUAGAGAAAGAAGGUAUUGACUGCUCACCGGAACAAAUGCGAGAAGCUGCCGAGGGUCACCUUACGACAGAAGCUCUCAUGUGGAACCAGAACUCCAACCAGACUACCAUCUCUGGAAUGACGUCAGAAGACUUUCGAUCGAGGCUGAAUGAGGCUUUGCGCGAAGCUGGCUACGACAUCGACGGCGAGAGAUAUCCGGAGGGAUAUCAAGAGGCACCCUUGGCCUACGACGCUGUUUGGGCCGUCGCUUUGGCGUUCAACAAAACUAUGGAGAAACUUGAGAAAAGCGGGCUUAGUCUGAAGAACUUCACGUAUACUAACAAGAAAAUUGCUGAUGACAUUUACGAGGCAAUAAACUCGACGUCAUUUCUCGGUGUAUCGGGUUUGGUGGCGUUCUCGUCCCAAGGUGACCGCAUAGCGUUGACUCAGAUAGAACAAUUGACUGACAACCAUUACGUGAAACUUGGAUACUACGACACACAGGCUGAUAACUUGACGUGGUUAGAACGAGAGCGGUGGGUCGGUGGGAAGGUGCCCCCCGACCGUACCGUCGUAGUUAACGAGCUACGGACCGUGUCUCUGCCGCUUUUUGCGUGCAUGACCGCACUCUGCAUCGCUGGAAUCCUCGCCGCCAUCGCACUAAUCGUCUUCAACAUCCUGCACAGACAUCGGAGGGUGAUUCAGUGGUCGCACCCGGCGUGUAACACGGUCAUGUUAUGUGGUUGCUGUAUCUGCCUGAGUGCGGCCAUCGCGUUGGGCGUGGACGGUCGCUGGGUGAUGCCACAACAUUUCUCUGGGCUGUGUGCUGCCCGGGCUUGGCUCCUAGCCACAGGAUUCUCGAUGGCAUAUGGAGCUAUGUUCACCAAAGUAUGGAGAGUGCAUCGGCAUACGACUAAACCCAAAGUGGAAACAAAGAAAAAGCGCAUUCACGGGUGGAAGCUAUACACGAUGGUUGGAGGGCUGCUGGUAGUGGAUGUGGCACUGCUGACUGCAUGGCAGCUUAGAGAUCCUCUGGAGAGGCGUGUGGAGACGUUCCCUCUCGAAGCCCCAAGGCAUCACGAUGAUGAUGUCCAUAUAAGACCUGAACUUGAACAUUGUGAAAGUAAACACAAUACUGUAUGGCUUGGUGUAAUGUACGGCUACAAGGGUUUAGUUCUGGUCUUCGGCUUGUUCCUGGCAUACGAGACCCGUUCGGUGAAGGUGCGCCAGAUCAAUGACUCAAGAUACGUCGGCAUGAGCAUUUAUAACGUGGUAGUGCUGUGCCUCAUCACCGCUCCAGUGACCCUGGUCAUCGCCAGCCAGCAGGAUGCGGCGUUCGCCUUCGUGUCACUAGCCAUCGUGUUUUGCUGUUUUCUCAGCAUGGCACUGAUAUUUAUUCCUAAGGUGAUCGAGGUAAUCCGCCAUCCAACGGAGCGGGCGGAGAGCGGUCGGGGCUCCGGUUCAGGCUCCGCCCCAGCUGACGAGGAGCGCUACCGGGAACUAGUCAAAGAAAAUGAAGAGUUGCAGAAACUCAUCGCACAGAAGGAGGAGCGGAUUCGGGUGCUGAAACAGAAGCUGGCGGAGCGGGAGGCGGCGGCGGCGGGCGUGACGCAAGAUGUACAGGACGAACACAUCUGAUCGCAAGGCAAUCUCCGAUAGAAAUAUUAGAUUAAUAGCUGAAUUUCAUGUUGAAUAGAAGUGUCAUGGCGCCGUAGUGAAUUUUUUUUAUAAUGAUAAGAAAUAAAAGUGUUCUUAUAUUGUUAAUUAACUGGACUAAGUACGCAAGUCGCGCCGAAGGAACGUUCUAAGCGGGAACUUGUAGCUAAUCAAUUACUAUCAUAACUGUACCGUGAGCUGUACAUUUUUUAAGUUAUUUGUAGGGUUCUACAUAAUGUGCACGGUUCGAGACACAACAUAGACAUGAAUUAACUUGUUAUAAAAUAGUUGAAUGUAAAUGAUCGUUGCUCAGUGUAUAAUAAAAUGAAAGGUAAUGUUAAAAAUGAAAUUAUAAAAAAACACGUUAAUAUCCUCAAUACGAAGACUUUGAUGUACCGUCUCUCUAUAAUUUGAUAUAGAUGUUAAACAAUAUAAACUAUUAAAGAAAAUGAAUUACUAAAAACAUUAAUGUUUCAAUUUAAAUAUACUUCUUUAUACAUACGUCUGGAUCUAAUACCUCUAGAAUGUACCUUGUAAAUUUUAUAAAUACAUGUUUCAAUCUACAAUUCCAAUAAAAUGUAGCAUUAUGUUUAACAUAUCACAAUAAAACUUAUGAUGGAAUCUGAAUAGAAGACGUUUUUGAAAUUAUAAAUAAGAUAUUUGAUCAAUGUACCUAAUAUUAAUAAACCGGCUCAAUUCCAGUGAUAAUUGAUGCCAAAGUCAUUUUAGAAACAUCCCGUACAUACACGAAGCGUCAUAAGAUUGUUCAAAUCAUUGUCACCGCAAGUAACUUGACGAAUGCUACAAAUACACGACAACUAUUACACAAUUAAGAAAAACUAAAAAUCAAUACUCGAUUAUAAGUAAAAUAACCAUUUACAGAAUAAUCUAGUGAAAUAAUUCAGAAACAAGUCUGUCAUACCAUUAGAAACAAUUAGAUUAAUGAAACAGUUGUAACAGUAACAGCACUGCCAAAUCAUUUAUAUUUGUAAGUAGAAUAAACGGAGAAUGGUCUUAGAUUUCUAGAAAUAGAUCCUCAUAGUGUCUAGUUUGUUUCAUUUCGAGAAUCUUGCUCCGGUAAUAAGAAUACAGGUAAAUAUAAUCUUAUGAGAAUAAAUAAUGAUAUUACUGGUCUUCAUUUGUACGUAGGUACCGCGUCUACAAUGAAAGCCGUGCCCAUGUAGAAUGGCUGUUCCCAAAUGUCUUUUUGGCGUGUGUUCAAAAACCAGUCCAGUUUUAUUUCCGCAACUUUAAAAGAAAAAUCCAUCCAAAUAGCAUCGCUGUGUCUGAAGUUCGCUAUUACUGUGGAAUGAUGUUACAUAAAAGAAAUAUUACUUUAUUUAUUGUCACCGUACCUCGGGUUAGUGUGUCACUCAACAACUCCGCGCUCUUGCGUAACCAUGUGAUUGAUUCUCGAAAUUAACUAGAUUUUAUCUUUGUUCUCUCGUUUUAAUUAAUGCGUUAUUUAUCAAUGUGUUUGAUACAUAUUUUAUAGUUUAUUUAUCUCUGUAUAAGACACACCUUUGUUAAUUAUUAUAUAAUAAUAUAAUAAUGUUACUAACAUCACGCAUUCGGCCUUAGAAAGAUUUGACUGCAUAGAAUUAAAUGUUUUUUGUUACGGGUGUCACGAAAUUGUUGUCUAAC